AUGGAAGACACUCAUCAGCAGGUAGAGAAAAGUUUGCCUACUGACCAUGAACAUACAGGAACUCCAAGAAAGCAUCCAUUGAAUAUCAGAAUAAGUACAUUCAUCCUUUUUGUUAAAAUUAGUAUCUACGCCAUUUUUAUUUGCUCCAUAUACUACUCCAGCCAUGGCACUCUUUGCCAUCCACGCAACACCCAAUGCAACCAAGGGAACGAACCCAGUGUUAAAUCUCGCGCACUAGUAGAACAAGGUGCGGUCCAUAUUAAUAAGUUCUCUAAAAUUAAAGAAUAUUCAAAAUCAUAUCAUAUGCGUGAUGAUUAUCCAACAUUUAAUGAAGAAACAUAUUUCAGAAGAGAUUUAGGAGCAUUUAAAUCAAAGGGGGAUAGAAGGACAUCACAACCACUUCACAACUUAAUUUCAAACAUUGGAAGUGCCAAAAAAAAUUCCUCAGAUGAAAAUCGCCGAUUUUUUGAAAAAGGGAUAGAAGACCCUGGUACGGGCAUAAACACUCCUAACGUAGUGACAAAAAAACCUGCGAGAGUGUUAGAAGAACCCGUUGAAGCCCUAGAAUAUAACGCAGCAACGAAAAAACACCCCGAUCCAGCGAUUGAAGACCCUGACGAAGAGACCAUAUACUUUGACGAGGAGAUAGACGAGCACGAAGAAUUCGAUGAAGAGGAGAAACGCCUUAGAAACUAUUUAGAUUCCUAUCUGGAGGAUGAAGUACUCUUAACAAAUAUUCAUAAAUUUAUACAAGAAAGCGAAGAUUGUGCUAGCAAAUAUAAACAAAAGAAGUAUGAUUUUUUUAAACAUAUUAUAGCCCUUAGGAAAAGAUUCAAUAGGACUAUUAAUAGCAUUAAACAUCGUUUGGUGAAACUCAUGACACAUAGGAGACAUUGCCGCAUUAAACUGCUAAUAUCUACUAUCAUCCGGUUCUUUUCCAGAUUACUUCUGUGA